GGCGGGGCGCUGUCUCCCGGCCUGUCUGGAGCCCGGCGGCGGCAGUGGCGGCAGUGGCGGCGGCGCGGCGCAGGCACCGGCCCCGGAGCGGCACCAUGAGCGGAUCACAGAACAAUGACCUGAAAAGACAGUUUCUGCUGGAGCGUCUGCUGGAUGCAGUGAAACAGUGCCAGAUCCGCUUUGGAGGGAGAAAGGAGAUUGCCUCGGAUUCCGACAGCAGGGUAACCUGUCUGUGUGCCCAGUUUGAGGCUGUCCUGCAGCAUGGCCUGAAGAGGAGCCGGGGAUUAGCGCUAACUGCGGCCGCGAUCAAACAGGCAGCAGGCUUCGCCAGCAAAACCGAAACAGAGCCCGUGUUCUGGUUCUACGUGAAGGAGGUCCUCAGCAAGCACGAGCUGCCACGCUUCUACUCCCUGCGCCACAUCGCCUCGGACGUGGGCCGCGGCCGGGCCUGGCUGCGCUGUGCCCUCAACGAACACUCCCUGGAGCGCUACCUGCACAUGCUGCUGGCCGACCGCAGCAGGCUCAGCACUUUUUAUGAAGACUGGUCUUUUGUGAUGGAUGAAGAAAGGUCUAGCAUGCUUCCUACCAUGGCAGCUGGUCUGAACUCCAUCCUUUUUGCAAUCAACAUCGACAACAAGGAUUUGAAUGGGCAGAGUAAGUUUACUCCUACCGUCUCAGACCUCUUAAAGGAGUCCACGCAGAAUGUGACGUCCCUGCUGAAGGAAUCCACGCAGGGAGUGAGCAGCCUUUUCAGGGAGAUCACAGCAUCGUCUGCCGUCUCUAUCCUCAUCAAACCUGAGCAGGACACCGACCCCCUGCCCGUCGUGUCCAAGCAUGUCAGUGCUGAUGCCAGAUAUAAAAAGGAGCGGAAGAAGAAAAAGAAGGUGACCAACAUUAUCUCUUUUGAUGAUGAGGAAGAAUGGCAGAACUCUGGCGAUGUUUUUAAAAAGAUCCCCGGGGCAGGGGAGAGCUCAGAGGAGAACUCCGACCGCUCCUCCAUCAAUAUCAUGUCGGCCUUUGAAAGCCCCUUUGGGCCAAAUUCCAACGGAAGUCAGAGCAGCAGCUCAUGGAAAAUUGAUUCUCUGUCCUUGAAUGGGGAGUUUGGGUACCAGAAGCUCGAUGUGAAAAGCAUUGACGAUGAAGACGUGGAUGACAACGAGGAUGAUGUGUACGGGAACGUGUCGGGAAGGAAAUGCCUGGGCCACUCGGGGUCACCUGAGAAGCCACUGGAUGGGAACACCCGCCUGUCCCAGAUGCACAGCUGGGCCCCUCUGCAGGUGCUACACGGCGACACCGACGUCCUCUUUCCUGUCAGUGGAGUGGCCUCCUACAGCCCUGCAGAUGCCCCCCUUGGAAGCCUGGAGAACGGGACAGGACCAGAGGACCACGUUCUCCCGGAGCCCGGCCCCCGGUACAGUGUGGAAGCCAGUCCUCCUGGCCAGGGAAGCCCUCUGAGCAGCCUGUUACCUUCUGCCUCCGUGCCAGAGUCGAUGACAAUUAGUGAACUGCGACAAGCCAUUGUGGCCAUGAUGAACAGGAAGGACGAGCUGGAAGAAGAGAACAGGUCUUUGCGGAACCUGCUGGACGGGGAGAUGGAGCACUCAGCGGCCCUGCGGCAGGAGGUCGACACCUUGAAAAAGAAGGUGGCCGAGCAGGAGGAGCGGCACGUCCUGAAGAUCCAGGCGCUGGCAAGAGAAAACGAGGUGCUCAAAGUCCAACUGAAGAAAUACGUAGGAGCUGUCCAGAUGCUGAAAAGAGAAGGUCAAACUGCUGAAGUUGUACCAAAUCUUUGGAACGUUGAUGGAGAAGUUGCAGUCACCGAGCAGAAGCCGGGCGAAGUGGCUGAGGAGCUGGCGAGCUCCUACGAAAGAAAGCUCAUCGAGGUGGCGGAGAUGCACGGCGAGCUGAUUGAGUUCAACGAGCGCCUGCACAGGGCCCUGGUGGCCAAGGAGGCCCUCGUGUCCCAGAUGAGGCAGGAGCUCAUUGACCUGCGGGGACCGGUGCCUGGAGAUUUGAGUCAAACAUCCGAAGACCAGAGUUUGUCGGAUUUUGAAAUAUCAAACCGGGCACUGAUCAACGUCUGGAUCCCGUCGGUGUUUCUCCGGGGCAAAGCGGCCAACGCCUUCCAUGUGUAUCAGGUCUACAUCCGGAUAAAAGAUGAUGAGUGGAAUGUCUAUCGGCGCUACACAGAGUUCAGGAGUUUGCACCACAAGUUACAGAGCAAGUACCCUCAAGUGAGGGGCUACAGCUUCCCACCCAAAAAGGCCAUUGGAAACAAGGAUGCCAAGUUUGUGGAGGAGCGGAGGAAGCAGCUCCAGAAUUACCUGCGCAGCGUCAUGAACAAGGUCAUCCAGGUGGCCCCCGAGUUCGCUGCCAGCCCCAAGAAGGAGACCCUCGUGCAGCUGAUGCCCUUCUUUGUUGACAUCACCCCUCCUGGAGAACCGCUGACCAAGAACACCCGGCCCAAAGUGGCUUCCCGCUUCCCCAAGCUGUCCCGAGGUCACCCCAGAGAGACCCGCAACGUGGAGCCCCAGAGCGGCGACCUCUGACCUCCGCCGAAUCCCAGACUUGGGCCCUAUGUGCCGCACCAGCUGCCUCCACCCAGCCACUCCGCAUCUGACCUGGCCCCAGCAGCCGGCCCCUUCCACCCUGGAGUGAGCCCCCCGCCACUGGUGAAGCCCCGAGAGCACACCUUCCUCCCCAGUCCCAUGACACUGAUUAAACUGGGCAGUCUCAGAGGGCAAGGCGGCUGCUCGCCGGACACACGGGCGCCCUCCCAGGGCCUGCCCGUUCCUCUUCCUCCAGCCCAGGGGCCGGCAGGAGGGUGGGCACCAGGGGGAGCGCAGAGCCCCGUGGUGGAGAUGCACAACUCUGAGGUGGGUCAGAGACCACCUCUUGACUCUUUUCCACAUGGGAAUUAGAAUGACUGUUACCCUGGGUUUUUUUUUUUUUUUUUUCAUAACUGCCUGCUGUAACCUAUGGCCACGUGGGGUUGGGGGGGAGGUCACGUUCCUUCCCCUUUUACUCUCUACCAGGGGCCCUAAAACCCCCUGGUUGUAGAAUCCGUGGCCAGUGAUAGCUCACGUGGCCUCCUCGAGGAAGCUAGUGGCCUCCUUGUGAAGGAGCUACUAAGGACCCUGAACUGGGGUGCAUAGAGCACUUCCCCCAACCUUCUGAGGUUGGCUUCUGGAAGUACUAGCCCCUGUAGGAAACCAGAGGUCGCCUGGGCCCAUAUGCACCUUGUGAGGCUUGGCGGGCCCUGGGCUGUCCAGAAUUCCAGGGCCUUGACCUUACAAGCCAAGAGGCCUCAAGGUUGUGAGAGAGACUCUGUUCUGGGAACUACGAUGGAGGAGGCCACAGGCCCUCGGGCUUGCAGACCGCACUCCGGAGCCCUGCAGAACUCCGAACUUGGGGCUCCCUGGGAACUCGGACAGUGUGUACUCGCACCAGAUCAUGGUCAUUCCCUAAAGACACGUUCAUGCUGUACCCUCUGCCCCCCCACCGUGCUCUCAGUGUGUGUCCCUCUGCCCCCCCCCCCGCCCCAAUCUCUGAGCAGGCCCCAUUGGCAGGCAGGAACCGGGUGAAGAUGAGUUGCCCCAGGCCUGCCUCCCCAGGGCAGGUUCCUGCUCCCCCUCAGUCUGGGAAGCAGGGUUGGCAGCAGAUACAGAGUGGAGCCUCCCGCAGCCUGUUUGGGCACCGGGCCUAAGACAUGUCUGAGUGUGAGUCUGACCUCACCUUCUCCAAAAUCCCCACCAGGAACCUCCUUUGACAUUCUGCAGAGGUUAAGGAAAAAAAAAAAAAGUGCCCAGAACUACGACGGACAGAUGCUAAGCCUUGAGAAACAAUUACAUACUCUGCCUGUAUUUACAAAAGAAGAAACUCUAUUUUUUAAAGCUUAAUUAUUCAUGGAAAACUUGCCCUGCUUUCCUGAAACGCAGAUGGAAAAGCUUGUUCCUGGGACCACACACAGCCCGUCCAGGCUGCUUACUACAUGCACCCCCUUUUCGUGAUGGAGCAGAAACCCUAGAACCAUUGUCAGCAUACGGACCACCUCCCCUCAUUUCAGCUCAGAUCCGCAUGUGACAUACACAUGACAGCCACUCCUCAAAGCCUUAACUCUGGAGUCACAGAAUGUUAUGCAGUGGUUACCUCCAUCGCUGCUCCAGAUCCCCACCCUGCUCCCUGGCAUGCUGGGAUGCAGAGAAGCAGUGGGCCUCCAGUUCCUGGAGAAAGAACCACAGACCCAGGCCCAGCCAGGUGCGGACUGAGACCCGAUGCACAAAAUGCCACCCUCUCCCCAUGUCCAUGUCGUCUGCUGCCCUUUGGUUGAAUCCAAAUCAGAGGGCUGGCUGGCCCUUGCCCUGCAUGACACCCACUCGGCCCCGUGACCCAUCAGAGAUAAACACAGUGCAACAGAAAGAACCAGUAGAAGUUGCUCCUAUCUCCUAGAUCCAGUAAGAUCCUUUGACGCCUCCAAAGUUGGCACCCGAGGAAGGCGGCGGGGCCCACCCGGGAGAGGGCAUUCUCUCCCAUGAUGGUCACCUUUAGCACCACUACUCAGGUACACCCAAGGGCUCUGGUUACAAAGGGAUCACCUCGUUGAGUCAUUGAGACAGGAACAGAGAGGGAGGGCUAGGGGCGGGGGUCUGUGGACAGGAGGACAAUUUUAUUACGUGCUGGGCUCUGCUCCACAGCUGGUUACCUCCCGAGUUCUUGGCUGACCACUCCAAGUUGUCAGCAUUGGCGGGGUGUGGGUUGUGCCUUUAAAAACGACAGGCAAUCAAAGCUGUUGACAGUCGUCGGACUGAUAGCUGCAGCUCAUGCCAAGAGCCAACCGGCACGGGAGCCUAAUAACGCAUCGCGUGUGUGGGCCCCGAGUCAGGAAGCGGGAACGGAGAGCUGCCAGCAAGCCCUGUUGAUCAGAAACCACCCUGCUUGCUUCCCCGCGCCCCGAACCAGGGUCUCUGUGGCCGGGCUGCACCAAGUGUUCUCUUGCCCUCUCGGCUCCACAUGGGAAAGUUCACCCACCUGAGGCGCAGGCUUCUAGGCCUCGACGCCCGCCCCCCCCACCACCACCACAUGCUCACCUUCACCGGGGGAACCGGCCUGCCCCCCCACUUGGAGGCCAGGCCUUGUCCCCACAGACACCCGCCCCACCAGUCUCCUCCAGAAGCCUUCAUGCCUCAGCCUGGUGCCUUUGGAUGCACCAGAGCUCGUUCCCAGGGAGGCACCUCACUCCCGAGGGGCCGUCUUGCCUGGGUGCUGAACUGAGGGCAAAGGACAGGCUCCAUUUUCAGCCUAGAGCGACCCUGCCAGGGCCCCACCUGCCCAGGAACAUCAGACCGGCGCAGAGGCAUCCCAGAAGGGGCACACCACCUGCCCGAUGUCAACCCCAAAGGCAAUAAUUGUCUUGACCUUUUUCUCCUCUGUGGUUGGCGCGGGACCGUGCCCCACACGCUGGGCUCUGUCCCCAGCCCGGGCCGCGGCAGAGGGUGCUUCCGGCAGGCAGGCAUCUGCUCAGGAGCAAGGUCUUGUACAACCAUCAUUUUUCUAAAUAUUUUGCAUUGUUUCAUUAAAGCUAACAUUCAAUAUUUGCUGUUGGGUUUGGCUUCUGUGCUCAUUUCGCACCAUUGUAGCACUGUAUAUUUUAUCUAACGUUUCUGUGCCAAAAAGUUCAGUUUCCUGUUUCUGUAACACGUGGUUUUGAUUAGGUUUCUAAAAUAAAACCAGCUACUGGAUCGGGGGGGGGGGCAUGGGCGUGCUCACAACCGACUGGCUCUGGGCUCAGCUGCUGCUGCCCAGAUGCACCUGCUCAGCUCAACCCCGCGUGUCUCACCUUCCCCUCAGCCACGAACCACUGUGGUGUCCAGACCUGCGGUUGACAGCUCUCCGUGAGGGCAAGGAGCCUCUCCGUGUGUCUAAAUCCUCACAACCACGGUGAAUGGGCUUUACUUAAUCUACUCAAUCCAUUUCUUUACAGGAAAAUAUAAAAUCUGAUUUCUCUAAAGGACGGUUGAGCUUACAGCAUGGAGGAGCACCCCACCACAGAACAUGCUGAAUGCACUACUGUUCUGAGGUCCAGGGGUUCAGUUCUUAGGGCACAUGCGUGCCUCUCCAUCAUGACUGGAAAACCACUAGCUGAUACGCCCAGGUAGCACCCUUCUCCUCGGAGCCUGAUCGGGUCCCCUUCCUGCUUUCCUGACUUGCACACGGAGAGCCCACUCGUUCACCUUGAAAGACUCUUUCUACCCUCAGUAGAAACUAUGUAGGGAAGGCCCUUGCAAAAAUUGGGACUGAGGCCACAGAAGGAUACAGAACAGCAGACCGCACACUUGCACCAAGUUGCUGAAAGGAGCCUGGAGAACACGCAUUUCCCGGAGUGAGGGGCUGGUGGAGCUCACUAGGAUGUUUUCUUAUCUAGCAUCCAGCCUGGAAAGAACGCCUUUGCCUCCGCAGCCUUAGUUUCACCAUUGCUGGCAUCAUCAUUUGGUAGAACUCUUUGCUAACCUUAGCAGAUAUGGACUUCCUGGAGGAGGGAGACCGGUGAAUGCAGGAGCCCUCUGGUGUCCCAGCAGGGAGGCCAUCCUCCCUGGAAGAGUCCCCUUUGGCUGACCGGGUCCCUGUGAGCCCUCUGCCAGGGAGGGGGGGACAUGGCAACACAUGGAGAGUCUAGUCCACCGUCUGGACGUACGUGGGGCCUAGCAGUCCACAGACUCGCUCCGAAACGUGUAGUAUUAUGUUAACUGCCCUCUUAUGUUAAGGUUUACACAAUAGAAUUUUUAAACAAAUGUGUUUAAUUUUCUAAAAUCUCUUGUAUUAAAAUUUU